CCGCCUCUCUCGGGCGGUCCCUGCACAGGGCGGUGCCGCCCGCGCCGCGGAGCCGGGAGCGGAGCUGGGGCCGGGACAGCGGCAGCGACGGAGAGAGGUUAUCGGGAGCAUUUAACCAGGCUCACCUCCUAACUUGCUGUGUGCACUGGAGAGGCGUAUUGACAUGAAAACGAUGGCAGCCAUCAGGAAGAAGCUGGUGAUCGUGGGAGAUGGUGCCUGUGGAAAGACGUGUCUGCUGAUUGUGUUCAGCAAGGACCAGUUCCCCGAGGUCUACGUGCCCACCGUGUUCGAGAACUACAUUGCUGACAUAGAGGUAGACGGGAAGCAGGUGGAGCUGGCCCUGUGGGACACGGCGGGACAGGAGGACUAUGACAGGCUGCGGCCCCUCUCAUACCCGGACACAGAUGUUAUCCUCAUGUGCUUCUCCAUUGACAGCCCGGAUAGCCUCGAGAACAUCCCCGAGAAAUGGACUCCAGAGGUGAAACACUUCUGCCCCAAUGUGCCCAUCAUCCUGGUGGGGAACAAGAAGGACCUACGGAACGACGAGCACACGCGGCGGGAGCUGGCAAAGAUGAAGCAGGAGCCGGUGAAGCCAGAAGAGGGGAGGGACAUGGCCAACAGGAUCAAUGCCUUUGGCUACCUCGAGUGCUCAGCCAAGACGAAGGAGGGCGUGCGGGAGGUCUUCGAGAUGGCCACCCGAGCGGGCCUGCAGGUCCGCAAGAACAAGAAGCGCCGGGGCUGCCCGCUGCUGUGAGCAGCCCGUGCCCACGGGGAGAGCGGCUGGAGCAGGACCACGUGGUGCCAGUACCUGUCCUGAACCCUCUGCACAGGAGCUGCCACACGAGCCUAUGGGGUGUCCCUGCGAGGCUCCAGAGCCACCAGUGCCUUCAGUACCCACUGCUCGCUAUGGGUGGGCAUUAGCAUAGCUCCCCAUGUCACCUCAGUCUGUACCCAUCUCCCUGGUUUCGCCUCUCCCAUGGGGAUUGUUCAUGCUCCCUCCCCAGCUCCAUGCAGGAGCCACAGAGGUGGGGAGGUGCUGCUGGCUGUGCCUACAGCUCCAGUGUGGGGUCUGCUGGGCCCUCGGGGUGCUCUUGGCCAUGGGGGCAGCACACAGUGUUGUAUACAGACUGCCCAGGGCUGCUUUCAGCCCAUCCAUGUGCAGAGCCUUCAGAAGUGCUCUGCUCCUGGGACCUGUGCUGGGACAGCACCUCAGCCCAGCUCUGCCACUGACACCUCUUCGGGUCUGCCUUGGUCACAGACUGAGGAUGAGGAACUGAACUGCCGAACUGGGACAAUAAAUUCAAACCCGUAUUUUACUAA